GGUUGAGCUGGCACUCCUGUGACCUAUCUAAUCACUAGGAAAAUAGUUCCUUGGACACCAAAAUCACGGGGCCGUUCUGCAUACGAAGUACGGAGGACCCUGGGAUUAUCUCUGAAGGAAUGAAGCCUCGAAUCACUGAUGCACUUGCCAGCCCAUGUCCUGAUAAUCCCAAGCCUUUGAUUUUGUUCAUCUCAUCAUCUCUUCUCCUCACCACUCUUUUCUGCUUGUAUAACUACUCAUUUUCCCCAGGGCAGCAGGGGAUUAUUGUUUACUACAGUUUAUUGCCUUCCAGCGGAAAUGUUGGUAAUUCUACCGGCACAAGUUCAAAGAGCCAAUGCAAUUUAUUUUCUGGAGACUGGGUUCCCUGUGCCGAAGGGCCUUACUAUACAAAUGCCACUAACUGUGAGAUGGAUGAUCGGCAAAACUGCAUGAAAUUCGGCCGGCCGGACACGGAAUUUAUGAAGUGGAGGUGGAAGCCUUACGAAUGCGAGCUGCCCUUAUUUGAUGCAACCGAGUUUUUGGAACUCAUGAGAGGAAAAUCCAUGGCCUUCAUCGGUGAUUCGCUCGCUAGGAACCAGCUGCAAUCGUUGCUCUGCAUGUUAGCCAGUGUAGCCGAUCCCACUAUAGUAGCACAUGCCCCAUUUGCGAAAAUUAGGCUGUGGUUCUAUGCAGAAUACAAUUUCACAUUAGCAUUUUACUGGUCCUUCCAUCUGGUUAGAUCAGAAGAUGCCGAAGUCAACGUCAACCUCACUAGGAUGAAUGUCUACUUGGAUGAGGUUGAUGAGACCUGGGCAACUCAAGUCGAGAAUUUCAAUUUUCUGAUUAUCUCCUCUGGACAGUGGUUCCUUAGGCCACUCAUGUACUAUGAAAAGGGAAAGCUUGUAGGUUGUUACCUCUGCAAAAAACAAAACAUCACAGACCUUGAUGUAUUCUACGGCUACAAAAUGGCCUUCAGAACAUCGUUUAGGACGCUGCUGAAUCUAGAGAAAUUUAAAGGGAUUACGUUCCUGAGGACGUUUACGCCGUCCCAUUAUGAGAAUGGAUAUUGGAAUGAAGGUGGGACUUGUUCCAGAACAAGGCCAACUCCAAAACAUGAAAUGAAGUUGAGUGACUACUUUUCGGAGCUUCAUUCAACUCAAGUAGCAGAGUUAACAGCUGCAGAGACAGAAGCGAGGAAAACUAGGGGACCCAAGUUUAGGAUGCUAGAAGUCACUGAAAUGAUGACGCUGAGGCCGGAUGGUCACCCAAGUCACUAUGGACAUCCGGCUAGUGCAAAUAUCAAGAACCCGGAUUGUGCCCAUUGGUGCCUUCCUGGCCCCAUUGAUACAUGGAACGAGGCCUUACUUCAAAUGCUGAAGACCGAAGGGUAGGGUAGCAGUGAUCCAAGCAGCAUGGACAAAUUCUUGAAUCUCCACAGUCUAGGAGCAUAAAAAAAAUGAGACCUUUGCAGUUGUCGUGUCUUGCUAAAGAGGGGCAUUUGCGGUUGUAACUUGUUACUAGUACAAAGUUGGGUUUGUUUAUUUGCAGAUAAAUUA